AUGGAGGUGACAUUAAGAAUUACCAGCCCGUCCGCAGCUGCGGGAUUGGUCCCUACAGCCAUUUGUCGGCCACUAGAGUCCAUCUCCUCCAAAGGCAUUUGGUUACGAGAUAACCCGUUAGAUUAUCCAUUUCCAUUAGUCAUGGCCCAAGUCAGCCUUGUCCUUCUUACCUCUCGAGCGCUUUAUUAUCUUCUCAGGCCUUUGGGACAAACCAAAUUUGUCUGCAAUCUCCUGGGUGGGAUUAUCUUGGGGCCUUCUCUGAUAGGGCACAAGAAGGUAAUCAAGGAGAAGCUAUUCAGAGACAAAGAUGCUCACUUGUUUGAGACAAUUUCUUUUCUGGGCGUAUUAUACUCCAUGUUCUUAAUUGCAGUUAAAUUUGACACAAACAUGUUGAGAAGGACAGCAAAGAAUGCUUGGAAGAUUGGUCUACUUGGGUUUCUUAUUCCCUUAGCAGUAUCCCUAGGCCUUGUUCAUCCAAUAGGCUCCACCCUUCCUGGUCUCGAAGGAGGAAUGUUCGUCUACUUUUCUUUCUCUUCUUUCUCUUUCACCUUCUUCCCGGUCAUAGCUCAGGCCUUGAAUGAACUCAACCUCAUGACUUCAGAACUAGGCCAGCUUGCCAUGUCCUCUGCUCUGGUCACUGAAGCCAUCCAAUGGCUUUCCGCGGGGGUCCAUAUCGUUUUCACCCAAAAAAGUCCAAUCCACGGAAUUUUGGCUUUGGUCUCCUUAUUUGCACUCACAGUUUUGAUUUGCUUUAUUGUAAGACCCCUUAUUCUACUAAUUAUUAAAAACACACCACAAGGCAAGGAAGUGAAGGAGGUUUAUGUGGUAGCAAUACUUCUUGGGGUUUUAGUUUCUGCAGGUAUUUCUGACACCUUGGGCUCAACUCCUUUGACCGGCCCUUUACUUUUGGGGUUGGUCAUACCGGAUGGACCGCCUCUUGGUGCCACAUUGAUACAGAAGACCGAGUUCCUGGUCUCCGAGCUUUUUCUUCCGGUCUUAUUCUUUCGCGUUGGCUUCAUGACCGAUGUGUACUCGUUUCAGGACUGGGGAAGUCUUGGCAAGCUUCAGAUGGUUAUUUUGCUCGCAUAUGGAGCGAAGAUUGUGACAGUUACAGUGGCUGCCAUGUGUUGUAAGAUUAGGUUCAAAAAUAGUUUUUUGCUCAGCUUGAUCAUGAACAUCAAGGGUAUAGUAGACCUUGUCGUUUUUAGUCGAUGGAGGUUCGCCAGGAUGAUAGACCAACAAUCUUAUACUCAAAUCGUGUUGUCUAUGCUGCUGGUGACAUUGAUCGAAACGCCGGUGGUUCGAUUUUUGUACCAGCCUCAAACACGACUAGAGCCAUCAAGCAAGCACUCAGGCACCAGAAACAUCCAAUCUCCUCGAUACAACUCCGAUUUCAGCAUUCUGUGUUGUGUCCACAACGAGGAAAGUGUUCGCAACAUCACCUCCCUGUUAGAAUCCUCGAACCCAACAGAGCAGAGCCCUAUUUUAGCUUAUGUUGUCCGCGCAGUCGAGCUCGUUGGUCGAGCCGUGCCACUGCUCCUCCCAUACAAGAAGAAGCAGCAGCAGGAGGGAGGGACGAAGAAACUAAAGCGCACAAACACACCAACCCAUCAAUUGAUGCGAGCCUUCUGGAACUACUCUAAGAACUCAAAAGGGCCUGUUUCCAUCCAUGCCUUCACUAUGAUCGCCCCUUACAAUUCAAUGCAUGAGACUGUUUGUCGUCUGGCGGAGGACAAUAACAUUCCUCUGAUUCUCUUACCAUUCCAUGAAAACAACCAGUACACAGUUGGCGCAAAUGUCAUGGCGGGGAUCCGCCAGUUCAACGUCAAUGUACAAACAUAUUCCCCUUGUACAGUUGGAAUACUAGUUGAGAGAGGGUUGCCAGCUCGGCUAACUGUUUCCCACUUCUCUUACAAUGUGGGUGUGUUUUUCAUUGGUGGGCCAGAUGAUCGAGAGGCAUUGGCCUACGCCUCGCGCAUGUCUGGCAACCCUGACGUGGGGAUCACUGUGUUCAGGAUCAUCUUGCAGAAUAAGUUGAAAGAAGGGAACACAAAAGAAGAGGAACUGGAGGAGAUGCUGGACGAGUCAUUGGUGGACGAGUUUAACAUAAGGAACUUGGGGAAUGAUUGCGUGAUUUGGAAAGAUAUUGAGGUGGAUGACAGUGUACAGAUCAUGGAUGCCAUUAGGAACUCGCAAGGGGAUUAUGACCUUGUGUUGGUCGGGCGGCGGCACUCUGAGAUGUCGUUGAGGGAUGAGGAAAUGGCAGAAUUUGUGCAGAAUGCCGAAUUGGGAGUGGUUGGUGACAUGCUCGCCUCUGCGGAUUUCUGCGGUGGAAUGGUGAAUGUGUUGGUUUUGCAAGAAAACGUGGAGUUGGGCAAUGGAGCUUUUCGUGCCAACUCUGCAAAAAGGUCGGCAAAGUGGACUAAAGUUUCAGGGUAA